AUGGUCGCUUCCGGUGAAAAGAAGGGCAAGGUCAUCCUCGCCUACUCUGGUGGUCUUGACACUUCAUGUAUCCUCCUCUGGCUUAUUGAGCAAGGUUACGAAGUCGUAGCUUACAUGGCUGAUGUUGGUCAAGAAGAGGACUUCGCAGCUGCUCGAGCUAAAGCUCUCAAAUGUGGCGCCGUCGGCUUCCACCUUGCUGACUUGAAGCGAGAAUUCGUUGAGGAGCUCAUUUACCCCGCCGUCCAAUGUAACGCCAUCUACGAGAACGUCUACCUUCUCGGUACCUCCCUCGCUCGACCUGUCAUCGCCCGAGGUAUGAUCGAGGCUGCUGUCAAGGAAGGAUGUGACUACGUCUCUCACGGUUGUACCGGUAAGGGUAACGACCAAGUCCGAUUUGAACUUGCCUUUUACGGUCUCGCUCCUAACAUCAAGGUCAUUGCUCCUUGGCGAUUACCUGAAUUCUACGAGCGAUUCGCCGGUCGAUCGGCUCUUCUCGAAUACGCUGCCAAGAACGGAAUCCCAGUAACCCAGACUGCCGCUAAACCAUGGUCAACUGAUGAAAACCUUUUCCACAUCUCUUACGAAGCUGGUAUCCUCGAAGACCCCAACCAAACUCCUCCCGAUGACAUGUGGAAGCUCACCACUUCUCCUCAGAAAGCCCCUGAAACCCCUGAACAAGUCCACAUUGAAUUCUCCAAAGGUCUCCCAGUGAAGGUCACUUUCCCUGCCGACAAGAAGGAAGUCACCGAUGCCGUCGACAUCUUCCUUACCCUCAAUGCUCUUGCUCGACGACACGGUGUCGGACGAAUCGAUAUCGUAGAGAACCGAUUCAUCGGUGUUAAAUCUCGAGGUUGUUACGAAUCACCUGCCGCUACCAUCCUUCGAGUAGCUCACAUGGACUUGGAAGGUUUGACUUUGGAUCGAAAUGUCCGGGCUUUACGAGAUCAAUUCAUCACCACUCAACUUUCUCAAAUCCUAUACAACGGUUUCUUCUUCUCACCCGAGAGAGAAUUCGUCACUGCCGCUAUCCCCGCUUCUCAGAAGACCGUCAACGGUUUGGUCCGAUUGAAGUUGUACAAGGGUAACGUCAUUGUAGAAGGACGAGAUGCCGAUGAGGGUCUUUACGAUGCCAAGUUCUCGUCCAUGGACGAGAUGGGUGGUUUCGAACCUACCGCUACCUCUGGAUUCAUCGAGAUCUCAAGUAUCCGAAUCAAGGCUUGGGGACGACAAAACAUUAAACGAGGACAGGGUGGUGUUUCUCCCAAAGAUGUUUACCACCGAGAGUAA